CCGCGGAGAGACGCUCCGAGCUCCGGCAGCGCGACCGCAAACCGCCUGGCGGGUCUCGGUGGGUAGCGCUCCUCGCUUUCUGACUCGCCCAAGGACCGCGAUCGUGAGUCAAGCUUGCUCGUCUGGACCUCUGGAGAUGAAUGAGGGGGGGAAUUAAAGAUCAGAGGUUAUGAAAAAAAAAAAAAAAGCUAACCUCCACCGGGCCAUAAAUAAAGACCCAGAGUGAACCUAGGGACAUGGAACAAGAAACUACUCCGUGCUGUUCAUAGAUUAGUCUGUCUCGUGACGUCCGGCUUCGGCGCUUCUUCCCAGCGGAGUUCGACAGUUUUAAAGAGACAUACUUUCAACCGGACAAGGCUUUUUCCUCCCUCUUCGCCAGUUUCGCUGCUCUCAACUCGCGGCUUCUUCUGGAGACUGUCCACUUUUGUCCACUCGGUAAUUCCCCCAUUCCCCAUUUGCCUUGUCUGGAGUUGUCUGUUCUCCCGGACUCUCCCGUCUAGCCCCGGCCUUUUUCCACCAUCCCCAGGUCUCAAGGUCAAGAGGCAAGCAGUUGCGAAUCGCUCUACCCACACGAUGCUGAACUCCCACUCCCUUCGGUCCGCUUCCGCUUUCGCGCGCCGGUCCCUGGCGACCCCUCCUCCGUCGAUUGCCCCUCUCUCUUCUUCUUCUCGUCUUCUCUCUUCAACUUCCUUCACUUCUUCUACUUCUUCUCCUCAGAGAUCUUUCUCCUCUGCCCUCCGUCUUUCUCGUACUACCCGCAUCGCCACGUCUUCCCGCUGGUCCGGAUCGACCCCUACUCUGUACCUCGCUCAAUCCCGCAACAUGGCUACCGAAGGCCCCAAGAUCAAGGUCAAGAACCCAGUGGUGGAACUGGAUGGUGAUGAGAUGACCCGUAUCAUCUGGCAAGAGAUCAGGGAAAAGUUGAUUCUGCCUUACCUCGACAUCGAUCUCAAGUACUACGACUUGGGUCUCGAGUACCGUGACCAGACCGAUGACCAGGUCACCGUUGAUGCCGCGGAGGCUAUCAAGAAGUACGGUGUCGGUGUCAAGUGCGCCACCAUCACCCCCGAUGAGGCCCGUGUUGAGGAGUUCAAGCUGAAGAAGAUGUGGCUGUCCCCUAACGGUACCAUCCGUAACAUCCUUGGCGGCACCGUCUUCCGUGAGCCCAUCAUCAUUGACCGCAUCCCCCGUCUGGUGCCUGGCUGGAACAAGCCCAUCGUUAUUGGCCGUCACGCUUUCGGUGACCAGUACCGUGCUCAGGACCGUGUCAUUCCCGGCCCCGGUAAGCUUGAGCUCGUCUACACCCCUGCCGGCGGUGAGCCCGAGCGCGUCCAGGUCUACGACUUCCAGAGCGGCGGUGGUGUUGCCCAGUGCCAGUACAACACCGAUGAGUCUAUCCGUGGCUUCGCCCAUGCCUCUUUCCAGAUGGCCCUCCUGAAGGGUCUGCCCCUGUACAUGAGCACCAAGAACACCAUCCUCAAGCGCUACGAUGGUCGCUUCAAGGAUAUCUUCCAGGAGAUCUUCGAGCAGGACUACAAGAAGGACUUUGACGCCAAGAAGAUCUGGUACGAGCACCGUCUGAUCGACGACAUGGUCGCCCAGAUGAUCAAGUCCGAGGGUGGCUUCGUCAUGGCCCUCAAGAACUACGACGGUGAUGUCCAGUCCGACAUCGUCGCCCAGGGAUUCGGUUCUCUCGGUCUGAUGACCUCCACCCUGGUUACCCCCACCGGUGAGGCCUUUGAGUCCGAGGCCGCCCAUGGCACCGUCACCCGUCACUACCGCGAGCACCAGAAGGGCCGUGAGACCUCCACCAACCCCAUUGCCUCUAUCUUCGCCUGGACCCGCGGUCUUGUCCAGCGUGGCAAGCUCGACGAUACCCCCGAGGUCGUUGCCUUUGCUGAGGAGCUCGAGCGCGCUUGCAUUGAGGUCGUCAACGACGAGGGCAUCAUGACCAAGGAUCUGGCUCUCGCUACCGGCCGCAAGGACCGUGAGGCCUGGGUCACUACCAACGAGUACAUGGCUGCCGUUGAGCGGCGCCUGAAGGCCAACCUCAAGUCUCGUCUGUAGAUUGUUUUCUUCUUUCAUGUGGAUACGUUUUUCAUUUUUUUUUGAUAUCUGCGUUUUACCCCCAAUGUAGAUAUGGGACUAGAGCGCGAUUCGCCUGGUCUAGCCUGAGCUAUGUACAGCAGUGACGAAUUAAAAUUUGUUCUUGAUAUCAAUUUGAG